AUUGGUUCAAAAAGUUAAUUUUGUGUUAACUAACUCCUAACGAGAGCUCACCUUCAUUAUCUUGGUUUCCUCACGCUUUAUCCUGGCAAAAAUUAAAAUAUCCGUCUCCAUAGUGAAGCGAUAAUAUAGAAGCAUGUUUGGGAAAGCUUAUUUUGUAAUUAUUUGAGCUAAUUUGGACGUUAUCCGAAGAUGUUGAUGUUGGCCGAAGCUGGCCGCUCUCUCAACAGGAACCUAGAAAGUUUAUUUCGACACAACAGUGAAACUCCAAAUGUCCUUGAACGGCUUGUACGAGAGAUUCACACCGACAAAGAACUAUGUAGCUACAUGUUCUUGAACCAUCCUGGCUCUGAGGAUAUGCUAUGGGGAUUAUUAUCUCUGCUGGACAGCGAUGAUUCAAGGGUUGCUGGGAAUGCAGCUUACGUGAUUGGUACGUUAGCAGAAAUGGAUCUCGGCAAGAAGAGAAUCAUUAACAUAUUCACUGACAGGGGGGAGCAGACCAAAGAAGUCUUGCCAUCAUUGACCAAGAUGCUUGAUAUGCUUGAUAUGGAGACAGUUAUGAAUGCCGCUGGGACUCUGGGGACUCUGGCAGAGAAUGAGGAAUGUAGACUGUGGAUGCUCAAAGAAGAAAGUCUUGACGAUACUAUAGAUAAGUUGACCAGAUUGUUAUCAUGUAAAGAUAUGUGUACUGCAAGUAAUGCUGCUCUGGUCAUAGCAAGAUUCACAAUCGCUGAGGAGGGUUGUGCAAGAAUUCUUCGACACAAAAACUCAUUACGAACGUUAGUUCAGUUGUGCAAGGCUUUGGGAACAGACGAAACUGGGCGAGGUAUGAAUUCAGCAUUUGCUAUUGGUAGAUUGUGUGAUUUAGAGGCUGGAUGUGCUAGAAUAUUAGCAAUGCCAGAAUCUAAGCGUUUAAUUGUCAGUCUUAUCAACAUGCUUGGCUCAGAUGACAUUGGUUGCACCAAGAAUUCUUGUUUUGCACUCAGCUGUAUAGCAUCAUUCCCUCAGGGUCACACACGUUUACUUGCCCACCCCGAAAUAGACAACAUUAUCAGGAUUUUAUCAGGACUCUUGUCAUCACAUGAUGACGAACUCGUUUGGUUUUCUGCAAUGAUGCUGAGGACAAUAGGAAGUCAGAAAAAUGGAUGUUUGUAUCUCAGAACACAAAUGGAGAGCUGGUCUACGAGGGCCACAAGUCAAGUUACAUAGCAAAUAAUCUUGUUCCUGUAACUGCUUACACGUUCUAUGUCAGAGCAUAUACCGAGGGAGAUGACGGGCACAGAAGUAAUAUCGCGUCUGCCAYCACGCCUGAGUCAGUACCCAGUGCUCCUCAGUGUCCACGAGUCGCGGCCAAAACGACCAACCAGAUUAAAAUAAUGUGGGAGCUACCAGAAAAACCCAAUGGAGUAUUAAAAGCCUAUCAAGUUGUGACGAGAGGAAAAACCACAUAUCUGGAUAUAUCAGAGAAUUACUUGAUUCUUUCUGGGCUGCCUGCAGACACGGAGUACACUUUUGAGAUUUAUGCAUUGACAAGCAAAGGAAGAGGAGAGGCUGCUAUCUUGACAACAAGAACCGAUGACCUUGGUGA